GGUGUUCAACAGUUGGCUGGAACAUAGUCCUUGGCCCAAAAUAUAUUUGUCAGGCCUUGGUUCGGUUGUUUUAUCUUCAGGGUGUAUGAACAUGAAAAGAAGUGGGCCACAACAUGUAUACAAAUAGGAACUGGCAUUGGGGAUAGUAAGAAUCUGAGUAAGGCUGAGUCCCUGAAUGAUUGUUGAACUUAUUAUCUCUGAUGCCUCGAAUAAUAUACAUACUCUCAGUGUUUAGUAAAGCCGUGUGAAAGCUGAGGUAAGGGUCCAAAUGAAAGACCACCAGAUAGCUGUAUGCCUCCAUUGAUCAUAAUGAAUUCAUUCAUGUCAGCAGCCCUAUUAUUCAAGUCACUGGGGUAGUAGAGAGAGAUGAAAGUAAACACUGUUUACCCCAUGUAAUUGAAUUCUCUCUCAACGGUUUACACAGAUUUUGCGGGAAAAUGCAUUGAAAGCAUAUAGAGUUUUUGUUUUUACGCCACAAGCGGAAACCAGAGUUUACCCACAAUUAUUUUGUUUUCACCACGAUAUUACUGUAACCUGUGAACAAUCAAGGAUUCAUAUGAGGCUGGCCCAAUCUGGAUCUGGUCCAGACAAUUAUUAGACUAGUUCAGCUUGGGAAUCAUUGCCAGCUGACCUAGAUAUGGCGAAAGCAGCAAGUUAAUGAUUCAACAAGAGUUGCAGGAGGGCAGACCGCAGCUUAAAAGUCCAGCUUAGGGAUGAGGAGACGGACUUGAUGUGAAUAGUACACUGCUGCCUUAAAUUGGUCCUGGUCCUUGAGUCGUUGACGACCCUGUGGUUAGCUUGGAUCAUGGAUAAACUGGUGGAAUGUGUGCCUAACUUCUCAGAGGGUCGGAAUAAGGAGGUGAUCGCCGCCAUUGGAGACGCUAUCUCGGCUACAGAGGGAUGCAGCCUAUUGGACGUGGACCCUGGGUCCUCCACCAACCGUACAGUCUACACCUUUGUGGGCUCGCCACAGGCCGUGGUGGCGGGAGCGCUAAACGCUGCACGCAUUGCCUUCCCACUCAUUGACAUGACCAAACACUCAGGGGAGCACCCACGGAUGGGUGUCAUGGACGUGUGUCCGUUCAUCCCCGUCCGGAACGUCACUAUGGAGGACUGCGUCAACUGUGCCAACGUUUUCGCACAAAGGUUAACGGACGCUCUGCACGUUCCCGUGUAUCUUUAUGGAGAAGCAGCCAGGAAGGACAACAGGAAAUCCCUCCCUUCGGUGCGAUCAGGAGAGUAUGAGGGCUUGUCUGAGAAAUUGAAGAGGCCAGAGUGGGCUCCUGACUAUGGCCCUGACACUUUUGUGCCUUCCUGGGGAGCCACGGUAACAGGCGCGCGCAAGUUCCUGGUUGCUUACAACGUAAAUCUCCUCAGCACCAAGGAACAAGCCCAUCGGAUUGCACUGGAUAUCAGGGAACAGGGCAGAAGCAAAGAUCAGCCAGGUCUGCUGAAGAAGGUGCAGGGCAUGGGCUGGUACCUGGAAGAAGCCAACAUCGCCCAGGUGUCCACCAACAUCCUGGAUUACGAGCUGACACCCGUCCACACUGUUUAUGAGGAGGUCUGUCGAGUUGCCAAGGACCUGGACCUACCAGUGGUGGGCUCUCAGAUCGUGGGCCUGAUGCCGCUCAAAGCCGUGCUGGACUGCGCUGACUUCUACAUCCAGAGAGACAGGCUCUUCAUUGUGGAAGAGGAGCACAAAGUCCGACUGGUCAUCAGUAGACUCGGGCUCGAUGCGCUGGGGCCUUUCAACCCCAAAGAGAGAAUAAUAGAGUACAUGGUGGACAAGACAGGGGAGGACCCGGGCCUGGUGUCUCUGUCCCUGCAGCAGUUUGUCCGCAGCGUGGGGGCCAGAACAGCCGCCCCAGGUGGAGGGUCGGUCUCUGCUGCCAUCGCUGCCAUGGGGGCUGCUCUUGGAGCGAUGGUUGGUCAGAUGACCUAUGGGAAGAGGCAGUUUGACAGUUUGGAUAGCGUCAUGAGAAGACUCAUUCCUCCCUUCCAUAAGGCCAUGAAUGAACUAUUGGUCAUGGUGGACAAAGACUCCAAAGCUUUCAACCAAUACAUGGCUGCAUUGAAGAUGCCAAAAAACACGACACAGGAGGUUAAAAGGAGAGAGGUUGCCAUGCAGGAGGGCCUGAAGCAGGCUGUGGGCGUCCCUCUGUCUCUGGCUGAACGAGUCAACCUACUGUGGCCCUGUCUAAAGGAAAUGGUGCUCUACGGAAACGCAGCCUGCAAAUCUGAUCUCCAGGUGGCAGCUAAAGCCCUGGAAACAGCAGUGUUCGGAGCCUACUACAAUGUUGUGAUCAACCUCAAGGAUGUUACAGACGAGUCCUUCAGAAUGACUACUCAACAGAGAGCUUCAGCUCUGCUUAAUGAAGCCAGGGAAUGUGCCAGUAUGGUCUUGGACGAGGCGGAGAGAAGAGGAUGAAGUUGCCACUCUAAUAGUGGGUUACCCACAGACCAACACUUAUAGUUGUAUUGUGUUUUCUGGGGACAAACGUAAUUACAAGUGGAAUGUGACAUAGUACUACCUGUUGUGGGAGAUGGAACAUAGACUACCAGGCCCUUAUACUUGGGAAACAUGAACAAAUUGCAAUUCAGGCAAACAAGGGGUAAUAAUAUACUGCAAACUACAAAACCGCUAAGAUUCACAGUUCUUAAUUUAAACAACUUUAUUAACAUCUUUGGGCAGCCCAACACGACUGCUGACUUGGCCAUGUGCUUCUGAGCCUGCAUGGGACUCAAAACAGGCCAUCACAACCAUUUUUUUCUAUUGCAAUGUAAAAAACAAUAAACUGGGUUCAUUUUG